GUGAAGGAAAACUUUACUGAAACUCAAGAUGAGGACGGGCACGCUGAUAUUCCUGCUCCUAACAGGACUCUUCUCUUCAUCUCUUUGCACCCUGUUUGGAGUAAUUAUUUAUAUAUCUGACAAGGUAACAUGGUCAGAGGCCAGAGAUUACUGCAGACAGCAUCACACCGAUCUGACUUCCGUCAACAGCCAGCUGGAACUUGUAGAAAUGCUCGUAUCAGGAAACGGCACUGGCAAUGCUUUCGAGACAGGCUGGAUUGGGCUCUACAAAGAUGUAAAUGGUACCUGGAGGUGGUCAGGAGGGAAAGAUGCUUUGUUUCCUCUUUCGGAAAAACUGCAGGAAACGGCUGCGGACCACAGCUGUGUGAUACAAAAUGAGAAAGACUUGCGAACUGCGAGCUGUGAGGACAAAUUCCCCUUCUAUUGCUUUCAGAGCAACCUCGUCCUGGUGGAAGAAAAGAAGGCCUGGGAGGCGGCGCAAGAGCACUGCCGCAGCCUGGACAUGGAGCUGGUCAGCACGGUCUCGGAGUCUGCUCUGAAUCAGGCCCUGCAGAGCAGCAGGAAGGCCCUGACCGCCCAGGUGUGGACCGGCCUGCGCUACCUGGGAGGCAGCUGGCUGUGGGCGGACGGGACGUGCGCGGGGUUCGAGGCCUGGUGCCAGAAGGGGAUGCCGCAGUGCCCUGCAGCAAACCGCCACUGUGGGGCCCUCCCAUCGGAGGGCCGACAGAUGGAGAGCAGGGACUGCGCUGACCAACUCAACUUUGUUUGCUACUAAACUUUUACAUCUUAAAACAUAACUGAGCCCUGUCAGUUCUGGUCAGAAGAUCCCAGCCUUCUGACAAUAUGUUAGCAUUAGCUUAAAGGUGUAGUUUGUUGACAUUUUAAUAUAACCAUGUUUUU